GUCUAGCCGGAAAAAGUCUAUGAGACUGGAGUCCGUCGGCAGCGCCAGCUGUGGAACAAGAGUAUCUCUCGCGGAUGGACGUACUGGUGACCAUUGGUUCGGGUGGGUUUCAGAGCAGCACCAUUGCAAAAUUCAUGCAGCAUGCAGACAGGAACAGGAACCACCUCUACAAGAUAUGCAGCAACAAGUUUGAUGACUCUAAGGACUUGAUUCAAGUUUUUUAGCAAUUGCAUCAUCCCUGUUCUUAUGAUAAUCGACGUCUUAUGAUGGCUUUCAA